CCAUGGAUUUCCAAAACCGUGCCGGUGGUAAAACCGGCGGCGGAGGCAUGGCUUCCUGGUCCGAAAGUAACCGGGACCGGCGUGAGCGGCUCCGCCAGCUCGCACUCGAAACGAUCGAUCUCAACAAAGAUCCUUACUUUAUGAAAAACCAUCUUGGAUCGUACGAAUGUAAGCUUUGCCUCACGCUGCACAACAACGAGGGCAGCUAUCUGUCCCACACGCAGGGCAAAAAGCAUCAGGCCAAUCUUGCACGUCGUGCCGCAAAGGAAGCGAAAGAAGCACCGUGGGUAAUCCAACCGGAAAAACCACGUAUCGAACCGAAAAAGUUCGUCAAAAUCGGCCGUCCCGGCUACCGUGUAACAAAGCAGCGCGAUCCGGAAAAUGGUCAACAAUCAUUACUCUUCCAAAUCGAUUACCCAGAAAUUACCGACGGUAUUGUCCCGCGCCAUCGGUUCAUGUCGGCGUACGAACAAAAGAUUGAACCACCGGACCGUAAAUGGCAAUACCUGCUGUUUGCCGCCGAGCCGUACGAAACCAUCGCCUUCAAGGUGCCGUCCCGCGAGGUGGAGAAAACGGAGGGCAAGUUCUGGACGCACUGGAACAAAAACACCAAACAGUUUUUCCUGCAAUUUUCGUUCAAGCUUGAGCCGAAAAUUAUUCCACCACCACCACCGAAUGUACACCGUAUGCCACAUCCGGGGCGUCCGAUGUUUAAUCCGGUUCCACCACCACCGAUGGGUGUUGUGCCGGUACCGGCACCACCGCACAUGUAA